UAUCCAACCGAUCGACCAAGGCAAAGAGCGCGGCAGGAAAAAGAUUGGACUUCGUGCAAUAACUGCAGUCAUACCAUAAUGGCGGUCGCCCAUAAAUCGAAUCAAAAAAAAAAAACCAAUCCCAAAAAGAAAACCACCGUCGAAAUCCAACAUUUUUUUUCAUUUUAAUAAAAAUUCAGAACAGCAGCAUAAUAGUAAUAGGUUUUUUUUGGUCAUUUUAUUUCGGUUUAUAUUUUAACCCCUCUAACAACGAUAGUAAUACCGAGUUAUAAUCCUAGAUCUCCAUAGAAUCUUGUGUCCUCCUCAUCUCCACUUGUUUGUUGUUUUUUUUUAAUCACGUUUGGUCUUAAUUCUUGUUUCCAGUUUCCUCUAUUGAUGAGAGAUAGAGAUUUCCAAUUGUUUAAUAUUCCAAUCCCCUCCCUCUGUCUCCCUUUUUUGUUACUCAACUUUUUUUUUUUCUUUGUUUUGUUUGACUCGGCGUGUGGGGGAGAGAGGGCAUUGGGUUCGUUCGGCGACAGCGAAAACGCGACGCAAAGGUGGGAUUUUUAUCGCGUUUGGGCUCGGAUUUGGGUGUGGGCUUUCGAAGAUGGAUAUAGAUGGAUGCAAAUACUUGUCUCCCCCUUUUCGAUGAUUAGUGUGUUGUUAUUUUUGUAGUGUUUAUUUAUUUUAUGCCUCAUGUGUGAUCUUUACGGGGAGGCCGGGUCGGUGAUUGUGUGCUGCUAGGGUUUCCUUCGUUACUUUACUCUUCCUCCGAUCUCCCCCCUUUUCUGGCCCGAGGGUUUGUUCUUCGGAGCAGUUCCUCGCCGGAAAAGCCGCGGAUUCUUCGCUUUUCCCUCGAUUAGUGGUAUUCUCGGGGCGAUUGGGGGAAGGUUUGAUCGUUUUGGUGGUGGUUUGGGUGGAUUUGGUUUGAUUUGGGGGGAAGAGAAUGUGAGACUCUGGAUUUGUUUCUCUUUGGUGGUUGUAGUUGUUGGUCGGUGUGGAUUUUUGGGUAUAGCGGAGGACGAAGUAAGUGGCUUCGCAGAUUCUCCUCUUGGCAUUGUCAUGCGUGUAUAAUGUUUCAUGUUCAGGGCUUCGCGAAGCAAAACUGCAGUCUCCUCGCAGUUUUGUGCGGGAAAUUCGCCCAUAGACAGAGCGGGGAGGCGAGGCAGCGGUCUCUGUAUCCAUUUCCCGAGCUUGUUUCAUCCGGGAGAUUAGAGGUUCAGACACUUAACAAUCCUACAUUUGAGAAAUAUUCUGAAGUUCAGAAAUCAGUGCAACCAAAUUUUCUAUACUUCCAAGGGGAGCAGCUUGAAAAUGAGGAAGAAAUUGGCUCUCUUACUUGGGGAACAUUCAAUGCCUUGGACCCCCAGGCAUUUAGCUCGCUUAUUAGUCCUCCAUUACCUACCAUUGUUUAUUUGGAGGUCCCAAACAGUGAAAAACUUGCACAGGCACUUCACUUCAAGGGGGUACCAUAUGUAAUAUAUUGGAAGAAUGCAUUUUCAUCUUAUGCUGCUUCGCACUUUCGCCAAGCAUUGCUAUCAGUUGUACAGAGUUCAUAUAGCCAUACAUGGGAUGCUUUUCAACUUGCACAUGCAUCUUUCCGGCUAUACUGUGUACGGAAUAAUCAUGUUUUGCCAGAUAAUGGCCAGAAGGCUAGUGGUAAGCUUGCGCCCCGUCUACUAGGAGAUGCUCCAAAGAUCAAUAUAACUCCUGCAGAGAAGGAUAUGGGCGAAGAAGAAGAAGAAGGCUCAUCUGAAGCUCUUCCUGCUAUAAAAAUUUAUGAUGAGGAUGUGGACAUGAGGUUUCUGGUUUGUGGACUGCCCUGCACCUUGGAUGCAUGUCUGCUGGGUUCUUUAGAAGACGGUUUGAAUGCCCUCCUGAAUAUUGAAAUUCGGGGGAGUAAACUUCAUAACCGAGUCAGUGCUGCGCCACCGCCCCUUCAAGCUGGGACUUUUUCUCGUGGGGUUGUGACGAUGCGUUGUGAUAUCACAACUUGCAGUUCUGCUCAUAUCUCACUUUUGGUCUCUGGUAGUGCACAGACUUGUUUUGACGAUCAGCUUUUGGAAUCCCACAUCAAGAAUGAACUCAUUGAAAAGAGUCAGCUAGUUCAUGCUCUGCCAAAUUAUGAGGAAAGCAAUCCAUCUCGACUUGAGCCUUUAAAUUCUGUUUCCAUAGCUUGUGGAGCACCAGCUUUUGAAGUUUGCAUGAAAGUCCCUGCUUGGGCUGCCCAGGUUAUGAAGCAUCUUGCACCUGAAGUCUCUUAUCGUAGCUUGGUCACACUUGGCAUUGCAAGUAUUCAGGGUACUCCUGUUGCUGCUUUCGAAAAAGAAGAUUCAGAUCGCCUUCUUUUCUUCUGUACAAGACGGGGCUCAGAUUUGCCUAUGGAAGAUGAUGCCAAAUUUUGUUUGCCGAGAUGGUCUUCCUCUGUAACUAAAGAAAGGUCCAAACCAAGAUUAGAAUCAAAUCCUGUCACCCCUAUCAAUAAUGUUGGUGAAAAUGGGGUGGCUGGCGCAAAUGCCGAUAAAAAUGGCAAGAGGGCAAAGAUAUCGUUUGAAAGGUCUCCUUUGACCAUCUCGCCUAUGAGGCAAAGAUCAAAGGUCACUGCAAUGAGGCCCAUUCCUCACUCUCGGAAGCACAAAAUGCUGCCUUUUUCAGGAAUACCUGAAACUGAUGGAUAUGAAGGGAACCAGGUGAAGCCUAACUUGUCAAUAGUUCCAUCAGUGAAGCAUAGUUCAAUGCCAGCUGCCCCAUCGACACACAGAAAAUCCUUGUCCAGUUCAUUCCAUGCUCAACAGAUAAUUUCACUGAACCCACUGCCAAUGAAGAAGCAUGGCUGUAACCGGUUGCCCAUUCAAAUUUGUCCUGAAGAAGACUUCCUGAGGGAUGUGAUGCAGUUUUUAAUCCAAAGGGGCCACAGCCGGCUUGUCCCCCAGGGAGGGAUAUCCGAAUUUCCCGAUGCCAUACUAAACGCAAAGCGCCUGGACCUGUACAAUUUGUACAGAGAGGUGGUGUCAAGAGGAGGCUUUUAUGUUGGAAAUGGCAUAAAUUGGAAAGGCCAAGUUUUCUCAAAGAUGCGCAACCAUACAAUGAUCAAUAGAAUGACUGGUGUAGGAAAUACCCUCAAAAGGCAUUAUGAAACCUAUUUGCUGGAAUAUGAAUUAGCACAUGAUGAUGUGGAUGGAGAGUGUUGCUUGCUGUGUCACAGUAGCGCUCCUGGUGAUUGGGUUAACUGCGGCUUAUGCGGUGAAUGGGCCCACUUCGGUUGCGAUCGACGACAAGGCCUCGGUACUUUCAAGGACUAUGCAAAGACAGACGGGUUGGAAUACAUAUGCCCUCACUGUAGCCUAUCGAAUUAUAAGAAAAAACCACAAAAAAUGGUCAAUGGUUUUUCGAAUACAUCCACUGUUUCACGGCAUGUGUAAUUUCUUCUUCUUUUUCUGUUUUUGAUAAUAGAGGGGCCCCAAUUUGUUUAGGGGUUCACUUGUAAUAUUCUCAUUGUUGUUUCAUCAAGGUUUAGCGCAGUCCAAAAUCUAAAUAUAGUGCAUAGCUACACAUAAGAGAAAGAAAAUAAUUACUUCGUUCUUUGCCUAA